CGUCCUCAUCCAGUACGUCAGUCAGCACUACCCGCAUGACGGCCUCGUCAAGUCAGUCCUCGGGCUCCAGCGUGUUCCGCUUCGGUAGUACCGGCAGCACACCCCCGGCCAGCCCACUGUCCAGCCCCGCUACCCCUCGGCGGUCCCUCACGCGGUCUUCCUCGAGCUCUUCAAGCACCCGGUCCCGGUCGCUGUCGAGUUCCAGCACCGAGAGACGCUCUCUCGUCAGCCCGAUUCCAAGCCCGGUCACCCCGAGGAGAGCCACUGCAAGUUCCCUGUCGGGCGCGAUGGUGAAAUACUCACCUGGCAGUCCUCAGGCUAGUCCUACUCUCACCAGGCGUAUGGAGAGGUCUUCCUCCAUGGAACACCUCGGCAGUCGUCUGACAUCCACCCCGAUCUCAGCCCUCAUGAAGCAGGGGCAGCAUACUCCCGGAGCGACCGCUGCUGCGUUCCUGGCUUCUUCGCAGAAAACCUCGCCAACUUCCAAGGCGACAACAGUGAGUAAAACGACCUCAUCUGUAUCCCAGCAAAAUACUGCGAAGCAAAGUUUAGCAGCUAAAACGGCAGUUGUUUCCGUUAAAACGUCGGCUGUCACUGGAACGAAACAAGAGAAAAGCGCAACCAGCACAAAAUCUACAUCCUCUGUAACAACCACCAUGAAGUCAGGAUCUUCAUCAACAACCACCAUGAAGUCAGGCUCCUCAUCAACAAUCAGCAUGAAGUCAACAUCUUCGUCAAAAGCCAUCACAAAGUCUUCAGCCAAGAUUGCAACGACUUCAUCUUCAUCGACAACGAGCACGAAAGCCAUAGCAAAGUCCACAUCUUCAUCGUCCGCCAUCACAAAAUCGACCUCCUCGGCCACUGCUUCAUCAGCGUUCCGCUUUCAAGGGUCCUCCGUGACACCCUCAGCGUUCAACUUCGGCAGUACAGUCGGGUACACCACUCCUCCCGUGCCGUUCCGAUUCGAUGCGCACUACGGUGGCGGCACGAUAGGCUACUCGAGCCGAGGAGACGCCAGCAACUCCAUGGCCCUGGUUAGCACGAGGCAGAAAUCUGGCAGCUCAUCCUUUUCCAGCAUCCUAAAAAGCCAGCGUGUUGUACCGAUACCACAUCCGGUACCAAUGCCAGCUUUGCCAUCUACUGCUUUGGUCCAUAGCUUGGAGAAUAGAGCGACUGCAGGAUCUUUCUCGCCACCUUCAUCAUCACCAUCAUCAUCUUUCUCAUCAUCAUUAUCAUCAUCAUCGGUUGACCUAAGUCGUGAACAGUCCCAAACCACUGUCUCACAAAAAGUUACCACCAAGACAUCAUCAUCAUCAUCAUCAUCAUCAUCAGCGGCAUCAGCAAGUUCAUUUGCCAGCAUCCUCAAGAGCCAACGGCCAUCAUCUAAUUCAUCUUCAACCUCCUCGACGACGAAGACAACGACGUUGGAAUCGGAAUUGUCUGAAAACAUCUACAUUAGAAACAUCAACAACGGAAAGGGAGAAAUCGUCAACUACAGACUAAGGGAGCCCAAACCAGAGGUGGCAAAAAUGGCGCGAAUUGAAGAGAAAGUUGAGGAAGAGAAGGAUUUGGAAGCGAAUGCAGAGAAGAUCGUGCAGGAGAAAGUUGAGGAGAUGAAGAAAGUGGUGAUGGUGGACAUGGACAUAGAGAAACAGCAGACUAUGGUGGCAACGAAGGUGGAGGCUAUGAAGACUGAACUCAUGAAAAGGAAAGCUGCUGCCAUGCAUACCCAUAAGUCCAUCUAUGACGAGUACACAUUUGCCACGGGGGCCUGCAUCGGCCGCCACUGUGUGGGAUUCCUCCUUCUGCGCACGCGCUGCAAGCUGUGCGAGCUGUGGUUGGUCAGCUACCUGACCAAGCUUCACCUGGUGGAGCAGCGCAUCCGGGUACUUCUGGACACUCGGACAGAAGACUUAUUUUCGACGGUGGGACGAACCGGCAUAUAUACCGAGAUGGCACGAAAUGGCGGAACGAUGCAGUCCGAGAUGGCACGAAACGGUACGAUGCAUUCCGAGAUGGUGGGACGAAACGGCACUAUGCAAAUCGAGAUGGAACGAAACGGCACAAUGCAGUCCGAGAUAGGACGAAGCGUCACGAUGCAAGCCGACAUGGGACGAAGCAGCACGAUGCAGACCGAGAUGGGCCGAAGCAGCACGAUGCACUCCGAGAUCACACGAAACGGCACGAUGCAUUCCGAGAUGACGGCACGAAGCGGCACGAUGCAAACCAAGACGAUGACGUCAACAGCAACAGCCGGUGGAUACCAGAACCUGGAUCAAGGGUUUGUAAAUGGGGAUAACUCCCGGGUGGUAACACAAGUGAUCACAACGACUAAAUAUAUGUAA